AUGGCCCCGAUUUCUAUUGCGGACCUCGUCGCCGCUCUGCCGGCUGAGGAUGCCUGGGGUCCUGCCACCUCGGGCGACAACAUGCUCGAGGGCGUUCCCUACGCUCCUUUCUCAAAGGGCGACAAGUUGGGCCGCAUGGCUGACUGGACUGCUGAGUCCAAGGACCGUGCUGGUCAGGGUCGCCAGCAGUACAACCGCAACUUCAGAGAUCAGCAGGUGUACGGUGCCGGUUCCACCAGCCUGUUCACCAUCCAGGCUGCCGAAGACGAGUCUUCCUUCUCCGUUGUCGACAACACUCGUACCUCCGCCAAGCGUACCUUCGGUCGUGGCGGUGGCACCGUUUUCCGUGGCCGUGGUGGCCAGCGUGGUGGUCAGCUCCAGCGCGGUGGUGCUCGUGGUGGCUUCCAGCGUGCUGGCGGUGGCCGUGGUCAGGACCGCUUCUACGAUCAGCGCGGCAACCGUGGCCGUGGUGGCCGUCGCUUCGGCUGGAAGGACUAUGACAAGCCCCAGCGUACUCGCGAGCCUUCCGUCAACAUUCGCCCUGAGUGGCAGAUGAUCGAGGAGGUUGACUUCAGCCGCCUCUCUAAGCUGAACCUGGAGGCCCCCGAGGGUGAGGACCUUGAGUCUUACGGUUUCCUGCACUACUACGACCGCUCCUACGACAAGGCCCCCGUCAAGGGUGCUGAGCGCAAGCUCCUGAGCCUCGAGCGUGCCGCCUACAACGUCACCACCUCCCAGGAUCCCGUUAUCCACGAGCUUGCCGAGAAGAACGAGGCCACCGUCUUCGCUACCUCCGACAUUCUCUCCAUGCUCAUGUGUGCUACUCGCAGUGUGUACUCUUGGGACAUUAUUAUCGUCCACCAGGGCGGCAAGAUCUACCUCGACAAGCGUGCCGGUGCCUCUAUUGACCUGGUGACCGUUAACGAGAACGCCUACGAUGCCCCUCUCGAGGUUUCCGAGGCCUCUGGCAAGCAGGAGCAGAUCAACACUCCCAGCGCUCUGGCCAUGGAGGCCACCUUCAUCAACCACAACUUCGCCCUCCAGACCGUGACUGAGUCCGACCAGGCCAAGGUCUCCUUCACCCACCCCAACCCCUUCUACAACGAGGCCGAGGAGACCGAGCCCCUUGCCUCCAAGGGUUACAAGUACCGCCGCUUCGAUAUUGGUCUCGAGCGCGACGAGGAGCCCCUCCAGCUGAUCGUCCGUACCGAGGUCGACGCUGUGAUGAAGAACCCCGGCGGUGGUGCCGACCAGCAGCUGGUUGUCAAGGCCCUGAACGAGUUCGACAGCAAGGCCCCCGGCUCCGGCAACGCCCUCGACUGGCGCAGCAAGCUCGUCUCCCAGCGUGGUGCCGUCCUCGCCACUGAGAUGAAGAACAACUCUUCCAAGCUCGCCCGCUGGACCACCCAGGCUAUCCUGGCCAAGGCCGACGGCAUGAAGCUCGGCUUCGUCUCUCGUGCCAACCCCCGCUCCGCCGCUGGCCACGUCGUUCUCGGCGUUGCUGGCUACAAGCCCCGCGAGUUCGCUACCCAGAUGAACCUGAACCUCAGCAACGGUUGGGGUAUUGUCCGCACCGUUGUCGACCGUAUCCGCUCUCUGGAUGCCGAUGAGCCCGAGGAUGCUGUCAAGAAGUACGUUCUGAUCAAGGACCCCAACCGCAACGUCCUUCGUCUGUACAGCGUGCCUGCUUCCACUUUCGAUGAGGAUGAGGAGGCUGAGGCUGAGGAGAAGGAUGAGGAGAAUGACGAGGAGGAUGAGGAGUAG